CGCACUGGCAGGGCAGGUGGGCUAGGCUGUGCCGGCUUGCGAAGGGGGAGAGUAACGUCGGGUCGGGUCAGCGGGCGCUGCAGUAGUCGCCGCAGCGGCGAUGGGAGCGGUGGGGACGCGGCGGCGGCGGCUGCGGCAGGCGGCGGCGGCGGCGGCGGCACGGGGGCUGGCGCGAGAGCAGCGGCUGGGGGCGGCCAGCGGCAGCGGGCACCACAACACCCGCCGCCGCCGCCACUGAAGGCGGACGGUCCCCGAGGGGCUCCCCCAGCCCGCCGGCGCCCCCGGCCCCGCUCGGGUCCCGCCGCAGUCGGCGGCGGGGGAUGGGCAGGCGGCGGCGGGCCCGGCUGCUGAGGGUCGACCCCGGCCGCUCCGGGCCCUGAGGCGGCCCCCGGCCCUCAGUUCGGGAAUCUCCGCGUCCGCCGGGGCCCAGGUUAAAUGGAAACCACCCUUGGGAGCUGGAUGCCUGUGUAGCCAUUCUGCCAUAUUAGUGAAUUGCAAUGAGUGGUGGAGGAGAGCAGCCAGAUAUUCUCAGUGUUGGAAUCCUGGUCAAAGAAAGAUGGAAAGUGUUGAGGAAGAUUGGCGGUGGGGGCUUUGGAGAAAUUUACGAUGCUUUGGACAUGCUUACCAGAGAAAAUGUUGCACUGAAGGUAGAAUCAGCUCAACAACCGAAACAAGUUUUGAAAAUGGAGGUUGCUGUAUUGAAAAAACUACAAGGGAAAGACCAUGUUUGUCGAUUUAUUGGCUGUGGAAGAAAUGAUCGGUUCAACUAUGUGGUCAUGCAGUUGCAGGGUCGGAAUCUGGCAGAUCUUCGCCGUAGCCAGUCAAGGGGCACGUUCACCGUUAGCACUACUCUUCGGUUGGGUAGACAGAUUCUGGAGUCUAUUGAAAGCAUCCAUUCUGUAGGAUUUUUGCACCGUGACAUCAAACCGCUUCUUACAUCUGUGUUUGACAAGAGUAUCAAAAUUCAUGGAGUACUUGAGAGCGACCCUUUUGACUGGGAGAAGACUGGAACUGAUGGCUCCCUAACCACCACCACUACUUCUACCACACCUCAGCUGCACACUCGUCUGACCCCUGCAGCAAUUGGAAUUGCCAAUGCCACUCCCAUCCCAGGAGAUUUACUUCGAGAAAAUACAGAUGAAGUAUUCCCAGAUGAACAGCUUAGUGAUGGGGAGAAUGGCAUCCCUGUUGGUGUGUCACCAGACAAAUUGCCUGGAUCUCUGGGACAGCCUCGUCCACAGGAGAAGGACGUGUGGGAAGAGAUGGAUGCCAACAGGAACAAGAUAAAGCUUGGGAUUUGUAAAGCUGCUACUGAAGAAGAGAAUAGCCAUGGUCAAGCAAAUGGUAUCAUGAAUGCUCCGAGCCUGGGCUCACCAGUUCGCGUACGCUCAGAGAUUACUCAGCCAGACAGAGAAGUUCCACUGGUGCGCAAGUUACGUUCCAUCCACAGCUUUGAGCUGGAAAAACGUCUGACGCUAGAGCCGAAGCCAGAUACUGACAAGUUUCUUGAGACCUGCCUGGAGAAAAAGCAGAAAGAAUCCAGUGCAGGAAAAGAGUCUCUUCUCCCUACUCUGCUUCAUAAGCCCUGUGUUCCUGCUGUGACCCGUGCUGAUCACAUCUGGCACUAUGAUGAAGAAUAUCUUCCAGAUGCUUCCAAGCCUGCUUCUGCCAACACUCCUGAGCAGGCAGAUGGUGGUGGCAGCAAUGGGUUUAUUGCUGUUAACCUGAGCUCUUGCAAGCAGGAGGUGGAUUCUAAAGAGUGGGUGAUCGUGGAUAAGGAGCAGGACCUUCGAGAUUUUAGGACAAAUGAGGCUUUAGGCCAUAAAACAACUGCAAGUCCUUCUGAUGAAGAGCCUGAAGUGCUUCAAGUCCUAGAGGAAUCUCCUCAAGAUGAAAAGCUCCAAUUGGGCCCUGGAGCAGAAGAUGAUCCUUUAAAAAAAGAAACUCCAGGUGUGGUCUUAGCAGUUUCCGAGGAGUGUCCUGCGAUUGCUGUUUCAGAACAAUACACAGAUAGGUUAGAACUCCAGGCUGGAACUGCGAGUCAGUUUAUAGCAGUGACACCAACAAGUCCAAUGGAGGCACAAGCAGAAGGACCCCUCACAGCGAUUACAAUUCCUAGGCCUUCUGUAGCAUCUACACAGUCAACUUCAGGAAGCUUCCACUAUGGCCAGCAUCCAGAGAAGAAAGAUCUUCAGCCCAUGGAGCCCACCAUGGAACUGUAUUCUCCAAGGGACAACUUCUCUGGCUUGGUUGUGACAGAUGGAGAACCUCCUAGUGGGGGAAGCAGAACAGACUUGGGACUUCAGAUCAACCAUACUAGUCAUGACAUGUUAACCAGCGUUAGAGAGUGUGACAGAUCCCAAGACCUGGAACCAAAAGACCUCCCAGACCAGAGCAGAUUGGCUGAGAAAGAAUUCGAACGUCUGCCUAGGGAAACUGAGGAGAAAAGCAUUCUCCUAGGGUCAGAAAAUGAAGUGGAGAAAUUAAGUAAAGGACAGCACAUUGAGAUCUCCUCUCUUCCAGGAGAUUUGGUAACUCUGGAAAAAGACCGGUCAGCUACUAGUGAACCUCUUGAUGUGACAAAGACACAGACUUUUAGUGUUGUGCCAAACCAAGACAGAAAUCAUGAGAUUGUGGCAGUUGGAAGCUCAGAAAUUCCUCCACGAGCUACUGAGCCCCAUGUUGAAGGAGAGGUGGGCCAAGGGGCGACAGCGCAAAAAGGUAAAAUGCCUAAGGAUGAUGACAGAAAGAAUGAAGACUUGCCCAGUCAUCCCCGAGACCCCUCUACUUUUUUGCACCAAGAGGGUAAAGAGAAAAAUGCCCCUAGAAAUGGAGAGCUGUUUCAUUGUGUUUCUGAGAAUGAACAUUGUCCCCCACCCCGGAAAGAUGUGGUUAGGUCAUCCUUUGUACCUAGACACAGUCGAAUCCCUGUUUUAGCACUAGAGACAGACUCAUCUUUUGAAUCAUCCUCUCCAGUCUCUGCAAAAGAAAAACUCCUCCAAAAGAAAGCCUAUCAGCCAGAUCUAGUCAGACUUCUGGUGGAGAAAAGGCAACUCAAGUCUCUCCUUGGGGACCUCUCAAGUGCCUCUGAUAAAUUGCUAGAGGAGAGAUUAGCCACUGUUCCUGCUCACUUUUCUGAAGAGGAAGUCUUCACACCCUUUUCAAGACUAGGUGUAGACUCACACCUAAGCAGGUCAACUGAAGACAACUUUCUGUCACCCAUCAUCUCACAGUCCAGAAAGAGCAAAAUCCCAAGACCAGUGUCAUGGGUCAACACAGAACAAGUCAGUAGCUCAACUUCUCAAUUCUUGCCACGACCACCACCAGGAAAGCCACCCACUCGGCCUGGAGUAGAAGCCAGACUCCGCAGAUAUAAGGUCCUAGGGAGUAGCAAUUCCGACUCAGAUCUAUUCUCCCGCCUGGCCCAGAUUCUUCAAAAUGGAUCUCAGAAACCCCGGAGCACUGCUCAGUGCAAGAGUCCAGGAACCCCUCACAAUUCAAAAACACCACCCAAGAGUCCAGUUGUCCCUCGAAGGAGUCCCAGUGCCUCUCCUCGAAGCUCUUCCUUGCCUCGCACAUCUAGUUCCUCCCCAUCGAGGGUUGGAAGGCCCCACCAUGACCAGAGGAGUUCAUCCCCACAUCUGGGGAGAAGCAAGUCACCUCCCAGCCACUCAGGAUCUUCCUCCUCCAGGAGGUCCUGCCAACAGGAGCAUUACAAACCCAGCAAGAACGGCCUGAAAGGAUCCAGCAGCCUCCACCACCACUCGGUCAACACAAAAGCUCCUCCAGGGAAGAGUAAGUCAGCCAGUAAACUGAGCAGAUAGGAGGUGAGCUACAUCUCUGUGAAAGGUGUGAGACCUUCCUCCUAUUACCUGACGCAUGUGUGUCCCUGUACUGUCUAUUUAAAAAAAAAAAAAAAAUCAGUGUUGAUCUUUUCUUGCUAAAGAAAGUAACAUGAAAUUUAUUUGUAGGAAAACAUAAAUCUAAGAUAAGGAAUUUCCCAAGGCAGACAGCAAGCAGAUCAGGAGACAAUGCCUUUGCAUAGGAAGGGCAAUCCAUCAAAGUUUAAAGGGAAGCACCUCAUUAAAUGAACCCUCGGUUUAAGCUGCCUUGAAACUAGAGUUGAAGGUCAGAGGUGGAAUGGGACCCUAAGGUGUUUGGCUCACUUUCUAAAGGUUCUACUCAAAAGAUUAUGUAGCAAAAGUGAAACGUGGCUUUCUUGUUUUUUAAAAUCUUUUUCCUUCAGAAACUCCCAGCCUUGGAAAGUUAGAAUUGCUCCACUAUUAGAAUGUGUAAGAGAUCUGCUGUCAGAUUGCCAGUGCUUAUGACUAUUUGGCUGGUGUGCUCACCUGCCAUCUCGAGAGCUCACCCCUUUCUUGGUACGCUCCCUGGAUUUCACUCACUUUUUUAAAAGUUUGUGUUUCACACCUGAUCACUCUUCUUUGAAUAACAGAAUACUUCUUUUGACACACUACUAUGUUUUUAGUAGCCUGUGCUGAGAUUUUUCAAACCCAAUAACCUUUUACUUAGUUCCCUAAUAUUUUUCUUUGGACCGAUGGUUCUUAAAUAUGUAUAUUUUUGUGGAAAAAAAAUAAAAGGAUGCAUCUAAAUAGACUUAGACAGAGGAAGGAAAAGUCUAAAUAGAGCCUUUUUGUAGACUUCAGUGUUUUAGGAAGUGAGAACGGAGUAGGGGCUAUUACCUUCAACCUCUCCCCCUGCUUUGUUUCUCCCUGAAGAGCUAACAAGAGUAGACCUUGCUUCCUCCUGUCAGUUAGGGACCAGUCAUUCGUAAGAACCACCUCUAACAUGGUACCAGGGAAGUGCAAUGAUGUAAAAAGUGACUUUGUGCUUUUAGAAAUUUAGGAAAAACAAAAAGAAAUGAGGUAUAUUUUUGGUUUAUAAUCCUCCAACAUUGUAUUUUACACAUUUAACCAAUAGGGAUGAAGAUCUGGGGAAAUAAAUCUAGGCUCAGUAUUUAACUUUUUAGUGUUUUACUACCUGCUUCUCCUGCGCUUUAGUUUGACUAUUUGGGCUUCUUGACCUGAUUUCUAUGCAAUCUCACUUUACAAAGCUGUAAGGAGUAUCCUAUUCUAAUUUUAUUCUUACACUAAUAGGAAUCAGGCAAAAUUAGAUUAUACUAGACUUUAAAUAUGAGCUCUUCCAUACUCUGCAGGUGCUUUUGUGUUGUAAAGACCUUAUGUAGGUCAGGUAAAUUGGUCUGCUUGCUGUAGAAAUUUGCCUUCUAGCAAACAUCUGUGCUUCUCCUUGUGUUUGCUGCCAAAUGGUUGGGUUGGGGAAAAAAAAGAAAAAAGAAACAAAGAUAUUUCCUUACCAAGGGAACAUAUUCUAAUGCUGCAUCAAAGCUGCCCUGAAGCUGCACUGAACUUACUACCUUGUUCUCUUUAUCUGUGUUGAGCUCUUUUUAAAAAAAUUAACCUCAAAACCCUACUGAGGCAUAUACAGUCUCCCAUAAGAAGUAUAGCAUAGUGUGGGAUCUCAUUUAUCUCCAGGUUCAAGCACUACAGAGGAAUGCAUAGAUAAGACUUCUGUGCUGUCUGACUAGAAUAUUGGAAGACCAACCCUUCUGUACUAUAUUGUAUCAUAGUUGCUAUAACACUACAUGCAUGUCGUGAUGGUAAAUUAUAUAAAUAUUUAUAAAUAUAUAGAGAAACAUAUGCUUAUAUAAACUCAUUCUUUAUCAUUCUCCAUUUGUAAUUUCAAGAUCACAGAUGAGUGAAAUCUUUUUUAUUGUGUACCUUGUGUACACCUGGGCUUUGCCUAUCUUCACUUUAUGAAAAUAAAUUCUUGACAUGUAUAUAAUGCAAGAGUUGGCAAUCUUGAACAUGCCAAAAUGGACUAUUUACCUUUAAUUUGUACAAGAUUUUAAUCGGAGUAAAAAUUACUGGGACAUGUUAGUGAUACUGGUUCAGAGAUUUGUGAUGUUAAUCACAUAAUCUGUUCCUUAUGCUUGAAGUGGACGACCUGGGAUGAUAAUCAUGAGUCUGACACGCAUUUUUAAAGGAAUCUCUUAAAAUUAUUGUUCUGCUUUUUCUCACUGCACAUUUUUGAGUGGUGGGAAGUUAAACUACAAUUAAGAAAUCAUUUGUUCUUUGUUGUGUUAGCUAACUUCUGCUAAAAGUAGUCAACUAAAAGUAGUCAUCUGAUCCUUCCAGUCAGAAUGUGCUUGUAGUAACCAUGGGAAAAGCUGCUGAGGCUACAAUUUGUAUAUGUUAUUUUCUUACAAAAUUUCUCUGCUAGCAGUCAAAACUGACAAUAAGGGCAACAUAGCAACUGAAUGUUUUCUACCUUUAUUGUUCCUGCCAUUCCCCCCAACUUUCCCACUGUGUUGCCUGCUUUUCUAAACAGCACUGACAAGCUCAUCAAGACCCGGCGAGAAAUGACCUUCAUGUGUGUGUGAACAUUGCAUUUUGCAUGUAGAGGAAAGAGUUAACCAAAGAUGUUUCUGCUCUGAUACUUUUCAAAAGGAAGCAGAAUACUUAUGUGUUAGUAGAUCCACUUAAAACUACUGUCAUAGAGAAGUACUUUAUGGAUUUUAAAAGCAGAGUUUGUGCUUUUAGUUAUCUCAGGCUAAAAUGAAGAAUUGGCAGCCCUAAGCAAAGCACUUUUGGCACAAGAAUUUGUUGUUUGUUUUGUUUUAAAGUAUAAUAUAGAGAACAAGUUGGUUCAUUAUUGUUAUUUUAGUUCUUUAUUUUUAAUUUUUGUUUGCUGCUUAGUGAUGGCAUAUUCCAGAUUUCAGUGACAAAUUUAGAUCCUCUAACUAAUUUUAAAGCAGUUCAGUUAUUCUACCUGAGAUAGGAACAUGUCCAGUAAGUCAGGUCCAACUAGUAUGAAAGUACUGUGGAGCAGUUAAAAUUCCCAUUUGAUAAUCUUUUGAAAACCUCCUGGUUUCUCCUAUCACAAUGAAAUGGCUACCUGGUGGCACUUUUCCUUGCCUAGUUUCUGGAAUUACAUGGGUGGAGCAGAAGAGAGAAUCAGCAGCAGCUUUCCUCCUGAAUUAUGCUGCCAGAUGCCCAAGGGGUACAGAUUGGUCAGAGUAUUAAAAUUACAUGUUAUUUGUGUACAUUUUAGAAAGAUGGAAUGUUCAUAUAUAGUGCACAAAGAAGGGAAAUUGGCUCACACCAAGUUUAACCUUCAAGUACCAAUUACAAACAUUGGAUUCGUCUUAGGCUGGCGUUCUCAUUCUCAGCUUGGUGUGCAAGGUGGCCUUGUUGACUGUGACUUAGUCACAUUUUACCAUUUUCUGAAUUGCAUGUUGUGAAAUGAACGUUUUUGUUGUUUGCUUUUUGUAAAAGUUGCCAAGCUAAUUAAGUCCUAAAUAAGCACAACAUGGCAAUUAAGCGCCUCUGUUGUCAUUAUCUAUUUUGUAUCAUUUGCUUUAUGGUACUAAACUCAACAGCUGCUCACCAAUCCCAUGAACUAGUUGUACAGUGUCUCUUUCCAUCAAGUUCCUAGUCAGGAUGGGGAUUUGAGAUUCCUCAGGAAUCAAAUCCCUUCCAAGCCACAGGUUUUUAAUGCAAGUGUUUCUAUGGCUGCAUUCAGUCCACAGGAAAAGUAUACAUUGCUGCAUGUUUCAUAAACCCAGUCACGGACAGUUAAAACAAUCCUUCUUUUCUGUACCCAGUAGCUAAAUUCAAACCAGAUGCUAUUUCCCCCCAAGAGCAAAGGAUUCUUUGUACUUUGUACAUUCUUAACCUAACAUUAGGAACUAGUGAUAAGAAAAGCAAUGCCUAGAAUUCAGAAUUAAGUCAUUUAGGGGAAAAUGCCUCUUACUCUGGCUAGUUGAAAAUUAUUUGUGAAGAAGUCCACAGUUAACCUUGAAAGUCAAAGCUUUCACAUUAAUUUUUUUUUCAUUUUUAUACCUAUCAAAUGCCACAUUUGAUAAGGGCAUUUCUUGUGUCAUGUUGAUAAUGUUUUGGAUUUAAGUUUUCAUUCACUCUUUUAGAAACCUUCCAUCCUGUUUAUGAAUACUUACCACAGUUGUGUUGUGUUUACCUAAAGGAGAGAGAUGUUUGCACCGAAGCAGUUGCAUUGAGGCAAUGGAAUGGUAGACAGUGCACUGUGUAACUUGAGUUUGGCUCUGUCAACAAUUUACUUGUAGAAUAGUUACUUAGCUCUUUUAAUUUUAAAAAGCAUUAUAGGACUAAGACAUGUAACCACUAUGCUAGUUCUCAGGUAUCACUAUUUACCCAAGUUCAGAAAAACCACGGGUGUGUAGAGAUCUGAAUGACAGACAGCUCCUGUUCUCAGGUUGGGAGGAAGUAGUGCCUGAAAACCUCAGGUGGUGGUUUAGAACAUCCCAGUUCCUUGUCCUCCUCAGAUAGAACUCUGGAGGGUAUGGGAGUAAUGUGAAAAUAACUUGUCGCUGGGUAUUCUUGAUUUGGGUUGUCCUUCUGGCAGUAUGAAAAAUUUAACCCAGGUAGUCAUGGGAGCCUGCAGAAUUGCCAACACUGCUAGGGAGAAUGACAAAAGGAAUACGGGGAAUUUCCAUCAUUUUUAGGUAAUUUCCAGGCCAUGAGGCUGUGAUCCUCAUGUAUUUAAAGGGGCAUUUGGAUGUUGUAUACCACAGUCCCUGAGAUAUCUCUGGCUGGGCAUGGAAAGAUGAUAUGAAUGUAAAAUAAAUUUGUGACAAGAUCAAAAUUACCUUCUUUCUGGUUAUCAACAGUUUCAAAACACAAUAUAGAAAAGGUGAUCACAUAUCUUCAGGGAUUUGAAUAUGUCCUUGGCUUUGCUGAAUCUUUGGUCCUAAGGAGACAUGGUAGAAAACAAAACCUUUCCUUCAUGAUUUUUUUUUUUUAAACCAGGAUCUGCUUAUUGGAAGUGACAAUGUAGGUGUAGUUUGUAUCGCUAACAAUUCCAACUUGUCUCUUAGAAACUGUAGGCCAGGAAUUCCAGAUUCUUUGGUCUCUAGAGAGUAGAAUUUGUUGAUGACAUACAUGAUUUCACACACUAAUGAUGGGUAGGGGUUUUACUUUUACCUCUCUUUUCAAUGUUUCAUGUUACAUACACAUGACCUAUGUGCUCACUUGCCCAGUCACAAACAUCAGGUGUCACCCCCUUAUACUGUACAGUUUAAUUCUUACAGAUUCACGCACAGCACUUCACUGAGCCUGGAGUCUGUCUGUCUGGUGGUCUUCACUCAGCCACAAGCCUAGUGGAGCUUGAAUGUUUUUGUUUUAGGGAGCUUCCCAGGGAGGAGAAGGCCCCUGGGACUUUUCUAAAAACUUUAAAAGUUACUCACCAAGUUAGUUCACUAAAAUAAAAAAAAAAAAAAUCCAGAAAUUCAAUGAUAAAGAAAAUCAUAAGACUGUGCCAAUCAAGGGGCCCUGAAAUUGGAUUUGGUGAGCUGAAUAAAAAAGACGACCCGUCAGAUGGCCCAGGCUUGGACUCCGCUCCUGAAAGAGCCAACACUGAUGACACUGCACUGUUCACUUACAGAUUCACAGUUUUUAGGGAAAAGAGGAGGGGGAGGGGCACAUAGUUUUGAAUUAGAUGUGAACCUUGAAAAUUAUGAACUGUAUUGGCAGCCUUUAAGUCUGUUUGAAUGACAGGCCAGAAGAACUCUUGUUGAACAAGACCAGUGAGUCUUUGAAUAGACUUUAGAAUACUUGAAUAAUUCCCUAUUUAUCUCCUUUUCCUCUGUUCAUGAAAUCAAAAUGACUAAAUUGCUCUUUUUAAUACCUCCAGAGGCAUUGCCCCCUUUGCACGUUUUUCUCCCUCAGGCAACCAAGGACAGAGUGUUGACUGCAACAUGGAGUGCUUUUGUAUAGGCCAUCUGUACAUAACAGUGUAAUUAUUUAUUUAAUUUUACCAUUUGUAUCAUAUUAAAGCUUUGUACAGUGUUUUAAGUUCUGUUUUAAAAUUAUUUUGUAUUUUAUUUUUAUAAUCUAGUAAUAAAAUAUUCAUUCCGCAUGCAAA